GAGACUAUUAAUCCCUGUUUUAGUACAUCAAAUUUCACAGCAGCCAUGUUAGACCUCGAGCUUUCAACUUCAUUUCUCUUUUGCAUUCUUUCUUUGCUCUUCUUGUUUAUCAUCAAUUCCAAGUCCAUUUUCACAACCUUUUUUUCGUCCAGUUCCAAGUCCUCUAAGAUUUCCGCUAAGAUUCCAAGAUCAUACCCACUUAUCGGCUCCUUCCUCGCAUUCUAUUCCUAUCGGCACAGAGUCAUCCAAUGGACAUCGGAUGCCGUGACCAGCACACCCACUUCCACUUUCGUCCUCAACCGCCCUCUCGGCCGCUGCCAAGUCAUCACAGCCAAUCCUUCCAAUGUUCAGCAUAUUCUCAAAACGCAUUUCCAUAUCUACCAAAAGGGCAUUAUCAUUCGAACACAUGUCUCUGACCUACUCGGCGAUGGCAUCUUUAAUGUCGACGGUGAGAACUGGAAGUUCCAGAGACAAGUUGCUAGCCAUGAAUUCAACACCAAAUCUUUACGUAAAUUUGUCGAGACCGUUGUCGAUACUGAGCUUUCAGACCGCCUCAUUCCGAUCUUAUCCUCCGCUGCUGCAAACAAAACUGUGAUUGAUUUUCAGGAUAUUCUUCAGAGAUUUGCCUUCGAUAACAUAUGCAAGAUCGCUUUCGAACAUGAUCCUGCCUAUUUGCUACCAUCACUUCCGCAGGAGAAAUUCGCGGUAGCCUUCGACACUGCUGCUCGAAUCAGCGGGGAAAGGUUCAGAGCCUUUCAUCCCCUGUUUUGGAAAACUAAACGGUUUCUCGACAUUGGAUCUGAGAAACAGCUUCGAAUUUCUGCUAAUAAAGUUCGGGAAUUCGCAAAAGAAAUAGUCAAAGAAAAGAAGCAAGAACUGGGUGAAAAAUCAUCGCUCGAAUCCGUUGAUCUUUUAUCACGAUUCUUAAGUUCUGGACAUUCAGAUGAAAACUUCGUCACCGAUAUAGUCAUUAGCUUCAUAUUGGCGGGUCGCGACACCACAUCGGCGGCCUUGACAUGGUUCUUCUGGCUAAUCUCCAGUCACCCAGAUGUGGAAAAUGAGAUUCUGAAAGAGAUCAAUGAGAAGUCGGAAGCUACGACUUUUGAGGAAGUGAAGGGCAUGGUUUACACGCACGCAUCGUUGAGCGAGAGCAUGAGACUCUACCCGCCGGUCCCCGUUGACGGAAAACAAGCGGCGGAUGACGACGUGUUACCGGAUGGGACGGUAAUCAAGAAAGGUACGAGGGUGAGUUACCAUCCUUACGCAAUGGGGCGGUCGGAGAAGCUGUGGGGUUCGAACUGGGCAGAGUUUCGCCCAGAGAGGUGGUUGGAAACGAGAGACGCGGCGGCCGGAAAGUGGAACUUCGUGGCGAGGGAUCCAUACACAUAUCCGGUGUUCCAGGCAGGUCCGAGGAUAUGCCUUGGGAAGGAUAUGGCGUUCUUGCAGAUGAAGAGGGUGGUUUCGGGUGUGUUGCGGCGGUUCAAGGUGGUGCCGGCAUUUGAGGAAGGUGUGGAGCCGGUAUUCAUGGCUCAUUUGACAUCGAAGAUGAAAGGUGGUUUUCCGGUGCGGAUUGAGGAGAGGGCUGGGAGUUUCUGAGGCCGGCAUUGUUCAAUUGACUGAUGUAACUACUGGUAUUCUUCUUCCUAUUCCAAGUGUCAAAACAGUAAAAACAAGCAAGUAAAUAUGAUUUUGGUGGAUUGGUUUCAGCUUUGAUUCUUUUCCAUCAAUCGUGUCUGUAUGUUUUUAUUUUAUUUUGUUAAUCUUUACUUUUUAAUAGUGAAUUUCAAUUCAU